AUGUUGCACGAAAAGAAGAAAAGAAAAAAGGAAUUGAAAGGAUCACAGGAUGAGAUGCAUAAAUAUAAGGAGAGAGAUGAAGGGAGGAAACAGAAAAUGGAGGUGCUAGUCCAUGAAAAGAAUCUGAUGAAGAAACAGAUUUGA